AUGUUUUACUCUAAGGAUAAUUAUAAUUUGACAGAAUGCAAUCGGUUACUUGUCAAACCUAAUUUCGAAUGUUCGGCUUCUAUUAAAAUAACUCAUGUGGAGGAGAGAAAAGUUUUAACAUUAACAACCUUGGUAUACAAGCUCGAACUACAGUUAACUAAUCAAGGCGACACAAAAAAAUGUUUCAUACUCUCAUCGGUGUUCAAUGAUUUUGCUAAACUCCAUAUAAGUUUGCAAAAAAUACACAAACAGCUGCAUCUCCGUGGUACUUUUCCAACUUUCCCACCUAAGAAAUUGUGGGGAUCCAAUCACUCUGAAGUAGUGAAUGUAAGAAAGAAUGCAAUUGAAUUUUUCCUUCAAUUUGUACUUGAGAACAAUGUUCUACGGAAAACUUGUGUUCUUCUGAACUUUUUCAAGAAUGCCGAGCUUUCAUCUUCAAGUCCACGAAAUUGUUGUGUUGAUCUUCUAGAUGUUUACGUGAAUGGAGAAGAGACAUCUGAUCUCCAGUCAACUCCUUUCUCUUACCCAAACAUUGUUCUCGACCACACCACCUGCAGCAUGGAUAAGUUGAAUCAUGAAGAUCCGGGAGCUAAGAAGGGUCUUUAUGAUGAAGAGAAACCAUCGAAAAAUAAAUAUGUGAGACUAGAAGAGUGCAUGUUGGACGCUGCUAAAAUGAUAGCUAUCGCUCACAAAGUGGAGUUAGAAGGAGAUUAUGAGAAAGCAUUCCAAUUCUAUAAUAAUGUAACAAAACUUCUGAUCCAGGCAGCAUUGUUAGAACCAGAUACAUUGAAGCAGAAUGCCAUCAGGAAGAAAACUGCGAAAUUCUUAAUGAAAGCUGAGAAUAUUUACAAAAAUUAUUUAUCCUACGACGGCAGCUUGAAUAUCUGCGAUCAUAUGGGCUCAUUCAUUCAACCAAGAGAGAGCUUGGAUAUCCUAGCCUUCAAAUGUUCCUUAGAAGCUCUCGUACAUUUCCGUAUCAUCAGAAUUCUGCCUGAUAACUUCAAUUUCAAUAGGGUUUUUCUAGUAGAAGACGAAACAACCGGAACAAAAAGUAUAAUGACAAUGGUUGAGAAGAAUCCAGGAGAACAAAAGUUUCUACCUAAUGGCUUACCACACAUGAUCGAACUCAAGAGAUUUUUCGAAACAGAAGUUUUUCUUAUUCUUCUAUUGGAGUAUAAUGAAUAUGGGCCACUAUGGAAUUUUCUGACUCGUUUCUUCUAUGAAUGUGAAUUACGAUCUCAAUCUUCGCUUUAUGAUAUGGAAGAUAUAUCCUCGUGGAAAGCAAAGAAAGAGAAUAAAGACACCUUGGUUGGCGCUCGUUAUGCAGGGAGGAGAUCGAAUUUUACCGUUGAAGCAGAUAUUCAGCGUUACGUCAAUGUAGCUGUUCCUUCAUUGAACGAAGAUCCCUCUUCGUGUGAAGUUUUGUGUUCAAUGGGUGAAGAUUGUGCAAAUCCACAAAGCGAUAUCAGAUAUGGAGAUUUUUAUUUGGCAUCUACUAUAGGUUCAGUAGUCGGAACUGAAGAAGACCCUGCCAGUUCAUCGUUCAGCUUCACUUCUGGAAAUGACGUUGAACACCUAUUGAAGCACAGAAGAAGCUGGCCUUCUUGUACUCCUCUCCCUGAAGCUAUUGUAAUUCAUUGGAUGGCUCAACUGGUCAGUUGGUUUUACGUACUUCAUCGAGCAUAUCAGUUUUAUAUGGGAAAUUUUACUCCUAACCAAAUACUGCUAACGAGCAGUGGAAACAUCAUUGUAUCCUACUUUAGUAAUUGGAAGAAUGAAGGGUUGCCUGUCUUAAUCCAGGAUGGGUACGCUGCUCCAGAAUCGUUCCGUUUGAACUGGCACCCAACCGAAGCCAGUGAUGUUUGGACAUUAGGUGCUAUUCUAUUUGAACUGCUAACCGGCCGAGCAUUAGCAACGGCGAUACCGAAUCUAUCAGACGAAAUCGUCAUUCCCAUUCAUUACAAUGGGUCUAUUUCUAACAUUGGUCAACAUUUGUUAACUUCAAUGCUUUGUCCUGAAAAAUCCCGCUGUGAUAUUGAUGAAGUUAGAUCUCAUCCUUUUUUUGCCAGUAUCGAUUGGGGUCUUUAUGAUAAUCCCAGACAAAUGUUUAAAAAUACGACUAAUGCCGAAGUCCAAUUAAAUGUUCCGAACUUGAUACCUGAUGACUUACUAGAGCUCUCUCUAGGUCUUGGUGGAGUUUGA